AUGACUCUGUUACUUCCCAAAGCCAGUGCUGCCGGUGCUGACAUGAUCAGUGGCGACAUGGAUUCUGAUAUCGUCCUACAUCCGACACGACUGUUCACUGAACUGGAUGCCUACCUCGCCGAAGACCGGGAAGUACGGAAGCUGGACACGGCAUGGUCAUUGUCAUCCAGCAGGCAGGAAAGAGACCGGCAGAUCGACCAAUCCCUCCGUCAUGCCAUCCGAAGUUUCGCCGCUCGGUGGCUGCAUCUGGUUCCACACGCGAAAGAAGCGCUGUCGUCCCACGAAGAUAUCGUCAGGGAGCUCUGGCGGGCGACUCGCAGGGACAUGCUGAAGGUGAUCAAUCGAGUAUCGUAUCGGUCUGUAUUGACCUUGUUUCUCUUCGGACUGACUCCAAUCCCCGUCGGCAUCUCGGAAGAAGAAGAAAUGGACGGCUUGACGGGCCAGAUCUGCGUCCAGACUGCCCUCCAGCAGGUGCAACGACUACGUGAACGGCAGCGAAACUAUCAAUUCAACGGAACAAAAGUGUCCCUGGGAUCAGACGUGUUCUCGAGCCCGGCCCCAACCUCGACUUUCACCCGCAGCUUCCUCAGCUCCGAGAGCAGGGCGUACUGGGCCGCCUUGAUCAUCGACACGUCAGCCUCGUUGACGCUCAACUUCCGCUCAUCUCUGACCUCGGGCUUGCACGGCGUCCACGCCGAGUCGUCAUGGCGGGUCCUCAAAAUGGGCACAGGCUCAUUCCACACAAGAACCCAAGAAUGGCGGCAAGGAACAGUCCCAAUGACCGACGACAUGGUGACACAGGUCAUCGCCGCCGCUAGCGCGGGGAAUGUGUAUAUGUUGAAGAUGAUUGCCGUUCUGAAAGAAGCACUCCGGGAAGGCUACGAGGACGAUAAAGUCGCCGAGGCCUGGACGUCGUGUCUCAAAGCCAUGGAGAUAUUCAAAGUCACUUUCCGACCCCUCGUCAAUCUGUGUGAACGCCGUCUUCCGCUUCUGGGUGAAGCGGAGAGACUGAAUUGGUAUGAGCUGAUGCUUCAUCAGCAUCUAGGCGUCCUACUGUUGGUUGAUGGAGUCGAGGCCGCCGAGCGGACCGAUCUAUUAUCACAGCUCAGAGAAGCUCAACUGGAUGCUGAGCGUGAUCUUCUCGAUGUCAUCAGGAUCGGGCUCGAGAGUACGUACACCAUCCGCGGCCCCGAAGGUCCGAUGUCCGGCGAGGAGACCCCUGCGGUGCUCUCGGCGUCGUUUGUCGCCGUCGAUCCUUACCCACAUCACAUGGUUGCCGCUGUUCAACUGAUGAACAAGGCGGUCGGUCGAGAAUACAAGCAAGGGAGAAUCACGUUUGAGACGUACAAGUCCCUCAAGCAGAUCUUGCUGAGAACUCUGGAGGAGUUGCCUCAGACGUCCAAGUCGGUUGAAGCGACUCGGCGCGAGCUGGGUGCGUCGGUUGCUGAAUUGGAUCGUUUGCUGGAUGAUAAGAGUAUGUUGUCGGAGGUUGUUCGACGACAGCCACAACACCCUGCGACGUGA